ACUGAUAAGGGCUUCAUUUAUAAACUUGCCUUGUUAAAAGUCUCAAUCAGGAGGUGUUCUAUGCGUGUUUAAUCAGAGGAAAAUCACGGAGCGAUGUGAGACGCUGCCAGAGGAACCGUUAAAUUUCCUGUCUGGCCCAGGAACCCCUUCUACUAACAAGGUGCUGGAGAUCAGGGUCCUUCUUGGACGUGUUAGCUAUGUGUGCAUCAUUUUGACAGUUGUGUUUUAAGUAAAAAAACUUUUCGAUUUUAGGGGGGCUGAUUAUGAAUCAUCUCCAACAGAAAGGUUUGAAUCCAGCUUCCCUUGGGCAAAGCAGUAGACCCUGUGUUGUCUUCUGUCUAUAAACCAGUUUCCGAGUAAAUGGGGGCCAUGAUGACACCAGAGGACCUCCUGAAUGUGCUGGAGGAUUUAGGAGAGGAAGAGUUCAUUAAACUGAAGUGGUUGCUGCAGCAGAGCAGCAGUCUGCUGGGCUUCCCCGGCAUCAGGAGGAGCCGUCUGCAGACAGCCAGCAGACAGGACGCCGUGGACCUGUUGGUCCAGACCUACAGCCUCUCUGGAGCUCUGCAGGUCAUCAGAACGCUUUUAGAGAAGAUCAACAGGAAUGACCUGCUGCUCAUGUUGUGCGCUAGCAGCUCAGGAUCAGUGGAUGUGGUGGAUGUUAGGAGAACGUUGGAGACCACCAGACAUUUGGCGUCUCUCAUUCAGGCUCCUCUUCCUCUGGUUCAAAGGGAAGCUGUCGAUCCAAUGGUUCCGGUUCCUGAACCAAAGCCCAUCAGGUUCUACCAGCAGAUGCUUCAGUCAAACUUCCAGGACAGGUUCCUGUGCGCACAGGAGGGCUGGGCAGAAGAGAAGCAGCGUCUGGUGGAUAUCUACACCGAGGUUUACGUUACCGCCGGCUGCGACGUUCACAUCAACACGCAGCAUGAGGUGCGGCAGAUGGAGAAGGUGCUGAAGCCAGCAGCAGAGAUACGAGUGAAGCCCAGAGACAUGUUCCUCCAUCCCUCAGGAGAGUACCAGCCCAUCAGAACCGUCCUGACCAAUGGGAUCGCGGGGAUUGGCAAAACCUUCCUUGUGCAGAAGUUCGUGUUGGACUGGGCUGAACAGAGAUCCAACCAAGAUGUGCAUCUGGUUUUCCCCUUCACCUUCCGCCAGCUGAACCCGCUGAGAGCAGAACGCUUCAGUCUGGCGCAGCUCAUCCAUGAAUGCAUCCCAGAAACCGCAGACAUCCAGGAGGAGGCCCUGAACUACGUCUUCCAGGCUCUGCAGUCCUCUGGAAACAGCAACUAUGACAAAAGUCAAUUCAAGCUGCUGUUUGUGCUGGACGGCCUGGACGAGAGCCGCCUUCACCUGGACCUCCACGCUGACCACAUCCGAUCUGUGGACGCCACAAAGACGAGCACAGCAGAGGUUCUGCUGAGGAAACUCAUCAGUGGCAGGCUGCUGCGCUCGGCUCGACUCUGGAUAACAUCCAGACCGGCAGCCAGCGGUCAGAUCCCUCGACAGUUUGUCAGCAGCGUGACGGAGGUCCGAGGCUUCACCGACCUUCAGAAGGAGGAGUACUUCAGGAAGAGGUUCAGAGACGAAGAGCAGGCCAGCAGGAUCAUCUCCCACAUCAAGGCGUCGCAGAGCCUCCACAUCAUGUGCCACAUCCCAGUCUUCUGCUGGAUCACAGCCACCGUCCUGGAGGACAUGCUGGCCAGCAGAGACACAGGAGAGCUGCCCAGCAGCCUGACUGAGAUGUACACAGAGUUCCUGGUGUUCCACAUGGACCGCACUAAGGAGAAAUACGGCUCUGAGAAGUCUAUUCAGUACAUCGCAUCCUUGGCAAAGCUGGCUUACCAGCAGCUGGAGAAGGGCAACAUGAUCUUCUACAGGAAGGACCUGAUGGAGAGCAGCGUGGAUCUCAAAGAGGCCUCGGUGUGCUCCGGGGUUUUCACAGAGAUCUUCAGAGAAGAGCGAGGCAGGAGAGACAAAGAGAACAGGUUUAGCUUUGUCCAUCUGAGCGUCCAGGAGUUCUUGGCUGCUCUUUAUGUGCGCAUGUCUCUCAGUAACGGCAGAAAAAAACUAUUUUCACCACAUAAGGCCAUAAAGAGCAGCUCUAUGUUGAAAAAAAGAUCUUCCACAAAAGCCGAAGCUUACAUUGACAGAGCCUUGGAGUCUCCAAACGGACACUUGGACCUGUUCCUCCGCUUCUUUCUGGGUCUGUCUCUGCAAACCAAUCAAGUUAAACUGAGGGAGCUGCUGGUAACACCCUGGAGGAGCUCAGAGAGCAACCAAGACACAGUCCAGUACAUCAAGAAGAAGAUCAGUGAAAAUCUUCCUCUGGAGAAAACUCUCAAUCUGUUCUACUGUCUGAGUGAACUGGGUGACCGUUCUCUUGUGGAGGACAUCCAACAGUACCUGAGCUCAGAAGGUCUCUCCACUGAUAAGCUGUCUCCUGUCCAGUGGUCAGCGCUGACCUUCAUCCUAAUAUCAUCAGAAGAACAUCUGGAGAUCUUUGAUCUGAAGAAAUACUCUGCUUCAGACGAGGGUCUUCUGAGACUUCUGCCAGUGGUCAAAGCCUCCAGCAGAGCUCUGCUCGAUGAUUGCAACCUGUCAGAGAGAAGUUACGCAGCUCUGUCCUCAUCUCUCAGCUGCCAGAGAUCAUGCCUGAGAGAACUUGACCUGAGUAACAACGAUCUGCACGAUUCAGGAGUAAAACUGCUGUCUGCUGGACUGGAGAGUUCACGCUGCAAACUGGAAAUUCUCCGACUUUCAGGCUGCAUGAUUACAGAGGAAGGUUGUGCUUCUCUGGCAUCGGCUCUGACCUCCAACCCUGACCAUCUGAAGGAGCUGGACCUGAACUACAAUCAUCCAGGAGAGAAAGGAAUCAGUCUGCUGUUAGCCGGACUGAAUAAUCCACGCUGGAGACUAAACACCCUCAGCCUGGAGCAUUGUGGGGCAGAGAGGAUGAAGCCUGGACUGUGGAAGUACGGCUGCGAACUCUCUCUGGACCUGAACACCAUCAGCAGGAAGAUGAACCCCGUGGAGCUGAGGCGGGUCUACGGCACGAGAAAGGAGCGGCCGUACCGGGACCACGCCGAGCGCUUUGGGAGCUGCCAGGUGCUGUGUGGAGCCCCUCUGGUGGGGCGCUGUUACUGGGAGGUCAUGUGGUGGGGGGGCGUCUACGUGGCCGUGAGCUACAGGGGAAUCCAGCGCAAAGGCGUGGGCCCUGAGUCCUGGUUUGGGUGGAAUGAUCAGUCGUGGAGUAUGCUCAGCAGUUAUGGUGGAGAUUGUGUGUUCUGGCACGGCGGCAGAAAGAAAGUCCUGCGGCUGAAGUCCUUCUCGUUCUACAGCAGGAUAGGAGUCUAUGUGGACCCUGCUGCCGGGGUCCUGUCCUUCUACAGCGUCUCAGGGGACACUCAGGUCCACCUCCACACCUUCAAAACCACCUUCACAGAACCGCUCUACGCCGGCUUUGGUUUCUGGCGCGCAGGUUCUUCCUUUUCUCUGUUUU